GGCCUGCAGAGCCAUGAAGAUGAAGUAUGUGUAUCUGGUCCUGGUGGCCGUGGUCCUCGUGCUCUUCCUCAUCAUUGGCCUGUGCGUUUGGCUUCCCUCAGCCUCCAAGACACACAACCAUGUCUACCCCAGGGCGGCCGUGGCUGCAGAUGCCAAGCGUUGCUCGGAGAUCGGGAGGGACGUGCUGAGGGAAGGCGGCUCGGCAGUGGAUGCUGCCAUCGCGGCCCUCCUGUGCGUGGGGCUCAUGAACGUCCACAGCAUGGGCAUCGGGGGCGGCCUGUUCCUCACCAUCUACAACAGCACUACACGAAAAGUUGAGAUCAUCAAUGCCCGCGAGGUGGCCCCGGGGCUGGCCUUUGACAGCAUGUUCAAUAGCUCGGAGCAGUCACAGGAAGGGGGGCUGUCGGUGGCGGUUCCCGGUGAGAUCCGAGGCUAUGAACUGGCCCACCAGCGGCACGGGCGGCUGCCCUGGGCUCGCCUCUUCUGGCCCAGCAUCCAGCUGGCCCGCCAGGGCUUCCCUGUGGGGAAGGGCUUGGCGGCAGCCCUGGAGAAAAGUCGGGCAGUCAUCGAGCAGCGGCCUGCCCUGUGUGAGGUGUUCUGCCGCAAUGGGAAGGUGCUGCUGGAAGGGGACAAAUUGACCUUGCCACGGUUGGCAGACACGUACGAGACGCUGGCCUUGGAGGGAGCCCAAGCCUUCUACAACGGGAGCCUCACAGCCCAGAUUAUCAAGGACAUUCAGGAUGCUGGGGGCAUCAUGACCGCCAAGGACCUCAAUGACUACCGUGCCAGGCUGAUCGAGAACCCCCUGAACAUCAGCCUUGGGGACGCCCAUCUCUACAUGCCCAGCGCCCCGCUCAGUGGCCCGGUGCUGGCUCUUAUCCUCAACAUCCUUAAGGGGUACAACUUCUCCCGGGCGAGUGUGGAAACACCCGAGCAGAAGGGUCUGACUUACCACCGCAUUGUGGAGGCCUUCCGGUUCGCCUAUGCCAAGAGGACCCUGCUUGGGGACCCCAAGUUUGUCAAUGUGAUGGCGGUGGUCCGCAACAUGAGCUCCGAGUUCUUUGCCGCUCAGCUCCGGGCCCGGAUCUCUGACAGCACCACUCACCCGACCUCCUACUAUGAGCCUGAGUUCUACACGCCCGAUGACGGUGGCACGGCCCACCUGUCCGUGGUUGCAGAGGAUGGCAGUGCUGUGUCCGCCACCAGCACCAUCAACCUCUACUUUGGUUCCAAGGUACGCUCACAGGUCAGCGGGAUCAUAUUCAAUGAUGAGAUGGAUGACUUCAGCUCCCCCAACAUCACCAACCAGUUUGGGGUGCCCCCCUCCCCAGCCAACUUCAUCAAACCAGGGAAGCAGCCCCUCUCGUCCAUGUGUCCGGCGAUCCUCGUGGGCCAGGAUGGCCAGGUCCGCAUGGUGGUGGGUGCCUCUGGGGGCACGCAUAUCACUACAGCCACUGCACUGGCCAUCAUCCAUAACCUGUGGUUUGGCUAUGAUGUAAAACGGGCAGUAGAGGAGCCCCGACUUCACAACCAGCUUCUGCCCAACACCACGACACUGGAGAGAGGCAUUGACCAGGCGGUGACCUCAGCCCUGAAGACUCGGCACCACAACACUGAGGACACUUCCAGCUUCAUCGGUGUGGUGCAAGCCAUUGUCCACACGGCCGGUGGCUGGGCAGCUGCCUCAGACCCCAGGAAAGGCGGGGAGCCUGCUGGCUACUGAGUGCUUGGGGUGGGCAAGGCUUCCUGGCAACCUAGGGAUGAGAUGCCCGCUGGGGCCAGAGUGGAACUUGGAGGGAUUUGCUUCCCCUGUGAGUGACAAAGCAGUGCAAUAAAUGGGGGUUGCAGCGUGAGGCUCUGGGCAGCCUUGCUGGCCCAGCUCCCAUAUCGCUGGGCCUCAGCAUCCUA